CCACCGCUCUCCUCGCAGUCUCGCUUCCAUUCAUUUCGCUUCCCACGAACAAACGCACGCACGCCGCUGAGUGGGGAGAAGAGAACGGAACGGUCGAGAAGGAUUUCGUGUUCGUUGUGUUGGGGGCAGCUGGCUAGAGCUGCGAGGACGAUGGGGUACGCGCGGACGGUGAUGGCAGGCGCGGCGGCAGCGGCGGCGGUGCUGGUGGCGGCGGGGCUCAGGAUGGUCAUGCCGGCGGCGGCGGGGUUCGUGGCGGAGGAGAUCCCGCGCGCGCAGGCGGCCGCGGCCACCUGGCUCACGCCGCCCUACCUCUACCUCGUCAUCAACGCCAUCAUCAUCUCCAUCGCCGCCUCCUCGCGGUACCAGCCUACCCGCGCGACGGCGAGGACCAACGCCGCCGUCGGAGCCGCGGAGGAGGAGGCUCCGGUGCCUGCGCCUGCUCUGGCGAUGCCGAUGGACGCGCCUGCGACGACGGUGUCCAUGGCGAUGCCGAUGGAGGUGGAUGCGCCGGCAGUGGCCAUAUCGACGGCGCUGCCCGUCCAGGAAACCGUCGCCGUCGAGCAACCGGCGGUGAAGAUGGCGCCGGCGCCGGAGGUUGAAGAGAAGGAGGACGACUUCCUGAUCUCGAGGUCCGCGUGGACGCCGCAGCGGCGGGUCGACGCUCAGGUGGAGAACGAGGUGGCGCCGUUCGCGGACCUGACCAACUCCAGGGAGAAGCCGCUCUCGUCAUCCCGGUUCGGCCGGAAGGCGGCCAACAAGCCCAGCCCCGAAGGGAGCAGGGCGCUGCGGGUGUCGCGGCCGCGGAGGGGGGACACGCUGGAGAACACGUGGAAGGCCAUCACGGAGGGCCGGGCGCCGCCGCUGGCGCGCCACCUCAAGAAGGCCGACACCUUCGACACGCGCCCCGGCCGCCGCCCGUCCGGCGGCGGCGCCAGCAGGGAGAUGGCUCCUCCUGCCCCGGCGACCAUGCAGAAGGCAGAGACGUACAACGACGCGGGCGCGAGGAAGGUGCGUCGCGAGCCGUCGCUGGGGCAGGACGACCUCAACCGCCGCGUCGAGGCCUUCAUCAACAAGUUCAACAUGGAGAUGCGGCUGCAGCGGCAGGAGUCGCUCAAGCACUACAGCGAGAUGGUCAGCCAGUACUGAAGAAGAAGGGAGUUCUCUCCAGAACUCAUCAGAUGGGAACAGCAGCCAGCAAUCAAGUUAAUUCUCUUUUUUUUUUGGGGUCGGUGUCUUUUCGUAGUUUUGGCUUUGGUUUCUGUUUCUUCUCUGUAAGAAGAAACGGAUCUGUCAAUUACUCCUACUAAGAAGCUGAUAGUGAUAGUAGUUUUGCACAAGAGAGAGAGACAUGUUUAUAGGGAGAUGAUGCAGAUUAGUGAGAGCCCUGGGCAUCCCAAUUCCUUUUGGGGUGCCGGCCAUGUGUAUGUAUGAAAUCUUUGCUUACUAAGCUGUUCAUUCCUCAA